AUGUCGUUUACUUCCAAGACCUCCAAGUCUCAUGCAGAGGCCACAGUGAACAAGUUAUUUUCUAGCUUGUUACCAGGAACGCAGGGAACUACUUCCAAACAAUCAUCAUCUUUGUCAUCAGCCGAGUUACUUAGUAUUGAAAUUGAAAAUAAGAAUAAAUUAAGUAAGGAAGAACUCAAGAAAAUCCACAAGCAGAAUAAAUUUAAGCAACAUAAGAAAAUAAAGAAAGCAUUAGAAGAUGAGAAGAGGUUCAACAAAUUAGCGAAAUACCAUCUUAUCAAGCAUCAUAAAACAGGAGGAGAAUUGUCAGAAGAGGAAGCGAAAUAUUUGAAGAAGCUCGUCAAGAAGAACGUUAAUUCGUUGAAUAGAGUGUCUGAAAUCGAUGAUAUGGAAAUCAAAUCAGAAUUAGAUCAAGUGAGGCAAGACAUCUUGAAGAUCAACAAAGAGAAGCAUGAUAAGAAAGCCAAGAGAAUUCAAAACAAGAAAACGAAAGAUUUUAAUAGUAAGGUCGCUAAGGGCAUGAUAUCGUAUCCUGGAUUAACUCCUGGUUUAGCGCCUGUUGGAUUGGAUGAUUCUGAUGAUGAAUAA